AGACUCCGAGCGCAGGAGAAGGACAUGACAGUGGACGCCUUCAGAACGUCCAAGAACGGCUGCUCUUCAGAACCAGAACUCCGUGUUUGGCAGCGAGGGAAGAGAUUGUGAUGUUCUGAUGCUCCAAUAUGGGCAGACGCCACACCGGAACUUUGUAUCCUCCUGAGAGCUCCCUGGAUCGCUCCUCAGCCAUGAUGUCAGUGUGUGUUCCGUCGUCUCACGGCAACUCCUCCUCAGUAGACAUGGCCAAUCGCAACGGCCCCACCGCCACCCCACCCACAUCCCUCAGCCUUCGAUCCUCCCACAACCAGCUGCUCAGCAGCGACGUCAACAAGCAGGGCGUCCCCGAGGCGCAAGGCUCCUCCACGCCACCCAAAUGUCGUAAGAAGUACGCCCUGACCAGCAUUCAGAGCGCCAUGGGACUGAGUGACCCAGCCGCCGGCACCGCCAUGCAGGGGGGCACCGCGCCACCCCCUUCCUCCGCAAACCCAAAACUGGCCAAGAACGGUGCCAACCAGCUCCGCAAGGCCGCCGAGCAGCUGGACCACAACAGGAAUGCGACCAACGGCAACCUCAACGCCGUGACUGAGGACGGCGAUGGCCGUGACGUCAUCGCGGAGAAGCUGGACGGAACGGAGAACAAGAGCGCCCCCAGGAGGACCAAGAGCUUCCUGGAGUACUACGCCGAGGAGGACCUCGCCGGCUGGCCCAAGGAGGACGACCUCACCCUGCCGCUGCUGAACGAGGGCCGCCACCCUCCCCCUCCGACGCCCCCCAAACAGCCCAGCCCCGAGGACGUCCCCCUGCUGUCCGCGGCCUCCUCUUCCUCCUCCAGCCCCGACACGAAGAAGGACCGACCGAGGACCGGGGCCAAGACAGACUGCGCCCUCAACCGCAUCCAGAACCUGGCGCCCAGCGACGAAGACUCCAGCUGGACCACGCUGUCCCAGGACAGCGCCUCUCUCAGCUCCCCGGAGGAAACAGAUAUCUGGAGCGACCAGUCCUUCCAGACAGACCCCGACCUGCCGCCAGGAUGGAAGAAGAUCACCGACAUGGCGGGCAUCUACUACUGGCACAUCCCAACGGGCACCACGCAGUGGGAGCGGCCGGCAGCCCGCCCCGGCGCCCCCGAACCCGCGCCCCCCGCCCUGCGGGACGCCCGCAAGCCGUCCCUGGGCUCCCUCACCCCCUCGCCCACCCCGGAGAACGAGGCUUCUGCCCACGCCGAGGUGUUCUUCGGGGCGUCCCAGCGCUCGGGCAGCACCACCUCGGAAAGCUCGGUGGAGCCCCUGCCCCUGUCCUCCUCCGACACCUCCGUGCCCUCCUGCGGAUUCGUCAACAGCUGCUACUUUCCCCGCCCAUCAUCACUAAAGGUCAUGGCAGAGCAGGCGAAUCACGCAGAGCUGCACCAAGAGGAGGAUGAGAAGAAACAGCCGUGGAGUGAUUUUGCUGUGCUGAGUGGGGGAAAAAUUGAUAGUGAGAUAUGGAAGGACCUGCAGGCAGCCACAGUGAACCCUGACCCCAGCCUGAAGGAGUUUGAGGGUGCCACCCUGCGAUACGCCUCUCUCAAGCUGCGAAACCCAACCCAGCCAGAAGAGGAGGACGCAGGAGGAAUCAACAGCGACCCAGAGGCCAAGUGUUUCGCGGUGCGCUCUCUGGGCUGGGUGGAGAUGGCUGAGGAGGACCUGGCUCCCGGGAAAAGCAGCGUUGCCGUUAACAACUGCAUCCGCCAGCUGUCCUACUGCAAGAACGACAUCAGAGACACUGUGGGGAUCUGGGGAGAGGGCAAGGACAUGUACCUGAUCCUGGAGAACAACAUGCUGAACCUGGUGGACCCCAUGGGCCGCAGUGUGCUCCACUCUCAGCCCAUUGUCAGCAUCCGCGUCUGGGGUGUGGGCCGCGACAACGGCAGAGAGAGGGAUUUUGCCUACGUAGCCAGAGACAAAGACACCCGGAUACUAAAAUGUCAUGUGUUCCGAUGUGACACCCCUGCAAAAGCCAUCGCGACCAGCCUGCACGAAAUCUGUUCCAAGAUCAUGGCCGAACGCAAGAACGCCAAAGCCGCGGCCGGGAGCUCCCUGCAGGACAGGAUGCAGGCGGGUUUGGACGUCCCCCUCCAAGCAGAGUUCCCCACACCAAAGACAGAGCUGGUGCAGAAAUUCCGUGUGCAGUAUCUGGGCAUGAUGCCCGUUGCCAGGCCAAUAGGAAUGGACAUUCUCAACGGAGCCAUCGACAGCCUCAUGUCGUCCUCCACAAAGGAAGACUGGACACCCGUCAUGCUGAAUGUGGCUGACGCCACGGUGACCGUCAUCAAAGAGAAGGAGCAGGAGGGCCAGCGGGAGGACGAGGACGAGGAGGAGGUGCUGGUGGAGUGCCGGGUGCGCUUCCUGUCCUUCAUGGGCGUCGGCCGGGACGUGCACACCUUCGCCUUCAUCAUGGACUCGGGGAGCCAGCACUUCGAGUGCCACGUCUUCUGGUGUGAGCCCAACGCCGGGAGCGUGUCGGAGGCGGUGCAGGCCGCGUGCAUGCUGCGGUACCAGAAGUGCUUGGUGGCGCGGCCCCCGUCUCAGAAGGCCUGCUCGGCAUCGCCACCCUCGGACUCUGUGACCCGGCGGGUGUCCACCAGCGUGAAGCGGGGCGUGCUGUCCCUCAUUGACACUUUGAAACAGAAGAGGCCCGUGCCCGAGCUGCCCCAGUAGAGACCCGAAUAUAAUAAUGAGCAAGUCAGCGAUACUAUUAAUAAUGUACAUAAACGCCAUAGCAUCACAUCACAGCGCAAAACUAUCGGCAAAAAAGAAGAAAAAACGAAGCAAAACUAAACAAUAAAAAUGUACUAAAGCUGAAAAGCGAAGCUGGCGACGUUAAGGACUUGCUGUCACGCCACAUGUACACGCUGCGUCACCUCCGUUUGUCCGCCAGUACCCCCGUCUGUACGUCUGUCUGUCUGUCUGUCUUGUGUGCCACCUCCAGCAUGCCCGUCUUCACCCGGCCACGCCUAGUCUCCAUUACGUCACGAAGUGAGGAAGUGCAUGACCGCUUUGGGUGGAUUUUGGCAGCUUGGCCAGCUUGGAUUCACGCCCCUGUUCCUCGUUCCAUGCUGGUGUUAGAUUAAAGCGAGUAGGGCCUUCCAACCGCACAGAAAGCACCUGAGGUUUCCUGCUCCAUGGCUCUGCCUUCACUAUGGCUGAACUGGACAGAUGAAAGUCAUAUUGGAGCGCCAUACCCAAGCCUCUUGGAAGCCGGAUCUCCUUGAUACUGCUGUUAUUACCCCCCUGCACUCUCCCCAGCCUGAGUCCAUUUUGCUUUUAACUGUUAUGAGGACAUAACCCACACCAAAAAGAAACAAAAGACAAAACAGAGACAAAUGAAAAGAUGAGGCCCUUUUCAGGUGGACACAAAUGAGCUCUGGGGCCAUCUGGAUGUCUUAGCAAACCACCCCUUCCUCACAGCACAAGAGACCCUUUACUGAAGUCAAACAUGAGUCCCUCGCUGGUGAGAGGAAGGGGGCUAUGGGCGGGACUGACAAGGACAAUGGACAAAGUUUGGCCCUCACAGGCUCCUGUUGAGAAGCACAGCGCCCCCCCCC